AUGUUCUCAUUUGCAAAGAAACUAGUCGACAGGCUUGAAGGCCACGCAACCCAGGCCACCGCCGAUGACCAAUACUUCAAGAAUGCAACCCAAAUAAACAAUAGAGGCUACGGACUCCGCGUGCUCAAUGUUGUACCACACUCUGUAGCUCACGAAAAAGGUAUUGAAUCGUGGUUCGACUACAUUAUCAAGAUCAACAACCACGAAUUGCCCAUGCUCCAUGCAUUGUCAGCGUAUGCAUACACGAUAAACGACGACGGCUCCAUCAGUUACGGGGGCGGAAUCACAUCUGAACAAGCAGCCGCGGUGAACGUCGAGCUACUCAACAAGGAGUUGACCACUCUCGCGCAACACCAGCAAGAACUAGUUCUCGACGUUUGGAACGCCAAAGGAGGCGUGGUGAGGCAAGUAAGUGUUCAAUUGGAGUUGGAGGACACGUUGAAACUGAUUGGGCUCACGGUCGAAUCCCAGCAUCUCAGCACGGCAACCUAUGUCUGGCGGAUUCUCAACACACAUCCAGGCUCGCCUGCUUUCCGCUCGCAGUUGGUGCCCUAUUCCGAUUUUAUCAUUGGCUGCGACUCGGCCUUCCCCACUGACUCUGCCAAGGGGCUCUUGCUUCACAGAGGAGAGUCGAUCUUGUCACAAACGGUACUGAGCUACUACAACCAUCAUUUUGCACAUCUGGGCGAAGACAAUGUUCCAAUCACCCUAUUUGUCUACAACCACGACUAUGAUAUCUUGCGUCCGGUGACAGUGAACUUGUCGCGUAAUUGGGGCACGGGCCAUAACCGAGGCAUCUUGGGAUGUGAUGUCGGGUACGGGUUGAUGCACCGGAUCCCCGAAGUAAUUGGCAAGUUUGACGACAACAGCGUGAUUGAUGAUGUACUCUUUGUCAGCGAGAAGAACAUUGAGUACCAGUUUGACCAACAGCCGCAAGAAUCACUCACGACAGCUCCACCGCCAUUGGGAGCUUCAAAUGUACUUUCAGCGCAGCAGCAGCAGCAGCAGCAGCAGCAAUCGUUACCACCGCCACCACAAGCACCGCCAGUUAUGGGCUCUUCCUCUUCCCCCUCCUCCUCCGCAGCUACACCUCACAAAGCAGCAAGGAAGAAGAAGCAUGUUGCCGCGCUUGCAGAUGACGGCUUGAACGAUUACAUGAAUGAGGAAUUGGAAAAGUCAAAGAAAAUAGACAACAGCACGAAGCCGAAAACAAGCGGCGACGCGUCGCUUUCUCCUCCUCCUCCUCCUCCUCCGCCACCGCCUUCAAAAAGCAGCUGA